GAGAUGCUGAGCUGGAGCAGCUUUCACACACACAGGAUCACACCCAUUUAUUGCAGAGUUUCCAGUCUCUCACAGCAUUUCCUGAAUGCACAUCCAUACCAAACAUGCCCUUCGGUUCUCUCUGCUCUUUUGCUGUUGUGAGAGAAUCUGUCCUUCAGCUGAGAGACAAACUGGAUGAUUUCUGCAAAGAGGAGCUGAAGAAGAUCUCUGACAGAGUCACUUCCACCAACAUUGUUCCCAAGACCAGGAACGACUUCCUAAAACAUUCCCAUCGGCUCACUCUGGAUCUGAACACAGUGAAUAAACGCCUCCGUCUGUCUGAGAGGAACAGAGUGAUUACUAACGAUAACAUAGUCCAGCCGUAUCCUGAUCAUCCAGACAGAUUUGAUUAUUGGCUUCAGGUGUUGUGUAGAGAGAGUGUGUGUGAUCAACGCUGUUACUGGGAGAUUGAGUGGAGUGGGCUCCUUGGUCUGUAUAUAUCAGUGUCAUAUAAGAGCAUCGGCAGGAAGAGUGAGGGUUAUGAGGGUUGGUUUGGACAUAAUGAUCAGUCCUGGAGCUUGUUCUGCUGUCCCUUCAGAUUCUCAUUCAUUCACAAUAAGAUAGAGAGUGAUCUCCCUAUAGUGCCCAGCAGUAGAAUAGGAGUGUAUGUGGAUCACAGUGCAGGAAUUUUGUCCUUCUACAGCAUCUCUGGAGACACAAUGAGCCUCAUCCACACAGUCCAGACCACAUUCACUCAACCGCUCUAUCCUGGGUUUUGGGUUUAUCAUCAUGGAUCAAGAGUGAAACUGUGUCAGUGAAUCAGAGUCGAUUGAAGAGAGAUUCUACACAUAAUAUUUAAAAUAACAUUCAUUUACAUAGCCUUGAGAAAGUCCUGUUUUGUUGCAUUACAACUUAUAAAUAAAAAAAAAAUAACUGGAUUUUAGGUAAUGGACUUUAGUGCUAGUGGUUCAAAUUGUUGAUGAAGAAUGGGAUAAUAUGAAUUAUAAAACAAAAAUAAAAACUGAAAAGUUAUGAGUGCAUGUGUAUUCACAGCAUAUCAAUGCUAUAAAAUCCCUAAAAGGGUAACAUUUUUAAUUGGUUCAACCAAAUUAUGCUGCCUUCACAUGCACAGUUUCCACGGUAUAAAUUGCACAUAAAUGCCCUCCUAUUUCGAAACUUGAGUGCAAUGACCUCAUAAUCGCGACUUCAGGAGUGGGACCUAUCACAUUUCUGAUAGCAUCUAAUAGCAUUAACCCUUAAUUGUACUACGUUUUAGUCCUUUGGGGUCAGAUAGAUCCCAAACAUUUACAGAGCGAUUGCAUAAGGAAAUAUGCAUUUUUUAUAUGAUAAACUAUAUAUCAUUUUUUUUAUUUACUUCUCAACUAUGCAUUUAUGCUGUUUUUGUGGAAAUUUUGAAGUUUUUUUUUUUUAACCUAUUUACUGCACAAUUAUUUAACCACACCACAAAUUGGCUUUUUAAUGAAAAAAUCACUUUAAUGAUGAACUUAAUUAAAUCUGAAUUGUAUUUGGACAUUGCUCUAUGUGUUAGGGAUAGAAUACUGCCAUCUACAGGUUUGUGGAAAAACUACAGUUAAAGAAAGAAUGUGCAAUGACCACAUAUAUCUAAUAGAGGUCAAUAGGGACUCAUUUUCACUUCAUUUUUAUUGAUGCUUCAACUUAUGAUAUAUAUUUUAUGAUAUAUAUUUUGUAAACAUGCUUGUUCCAUGUUGCCUUUGUGCUCUAGUAUCAGUACUCCUUUUAUGUAUGGACAUUUUUCAGAUUUAUGCCAGUUUUGAUGAUUUUAUUUGCCAAUUUCUACAAAAAUGUCCUCUGUUUCAGUCACACAUGUGUGUUCCACUUUGUGUUUAUGGUCUAGGACCAGACCUUUAUUUAAAUGUAGAAAUGUUCAGAUUUAGGCCAGUUUUGAUUUUAUUUGCAAAUUUCUAUAAAAAGGUCCCCAACA